AUGUACAUGUUUGGUUUGAUUAAUGUUGCUCCGGUUCAAUUCUUAUGUGGGGAAUCUGAAAUAGAAACCACUCGACUCAUAUUAUACAAGGUUUCGGUUAUGGUGAAUACAGCUUCGAAAGACAAAACACAGGUGGAUCAGAGUAACAGAAAAACUUUUCCGACCCUAAAAGGGUCGUUAAAAGCUCGUAUAAAGGCGUUCAUUUCUGAAGUUAACGAGAACGAUAAAGACCAAGAACAAGAACAGGAUCAAGAUUUUGUUUCGAGUCCAAAGUUACAAAGGACUUGUUCGAUUCAUCAUUUGGAAACCAACGAGUGGGUUCAUCCAAUCAUUUUCUUUCCUGAAAAUGUGACAGAAACUGCAGUGAGUUCUAAAACACAUGUUGAUCUUACGAAUCCUGAAGUUAACGAUUCUUGGGAUAUUUUGGAAAUGUUUAAAGUUGACAAAGAGAUAUUCAUCAACACGUUGUAAAAUCGUUCACUAUCUUCUAUUACAGAACCAAAACUGGCCAAGUUGGUCAGUAGAAACUUGAUGCCUAUGAAGCUUGAAGAUAAACUGAAUGAAAGUUACAGCGUAUCAAAAGCCGAAAAGAUGAGGAACUCCCAUGAUGAUGAUAUUAACGUCAAGAAUG